AUGGCUGGUAAGGAUGGCUGCAUGCGCGUCUUCUGGCCAAUCGACCUGGCGCAGUCAUCUCUGCCUGGUGUUAUCGUUGGUUGGCGUAACUCCGAGCUUGAUGUUUUUGUGGUGGCAAUCCUGGAUGAUGUUCAGCCUCGGGAUGUCGACUUUGCUCUCAAGUCUGGGACGCUACUCAGGAGCACGGCGCAUCCCAUCAGUCGUAUAUAUGGGCUGUGUGAGCAGCCAUCAAUGCAAGUCUUGGGGCUUGUGAAUAUGCCAGACGCUCCACAGCUCGAACCAGGCUGGAUCAUGGUUACCACAGGCCCAAAGUCAGCUCUACAGAUAGAUUGUGCCAAGGCCUACAGCUUUCAAAUUGUCACCUUCCGGAGACCUCUUCCCGGCCGAAUGCAGUUCGUCUCUGCGGACCCUAUCUCAUUAGCCCUGGACGACAAGCCCGAAAGUUUGGGCACUCUAGCUGGAGAAAUCGAGGCGGAGGAUGAGAGACGGGAAAGAUUGGAAAAGGAAAAGAAGAAAAUGCUCGUAAAGAAGCUGAGGGAUCAUUCGGUGAUCAAAAGGAGGCUUUCACCAAAGGAGAAGGCAUUGCCUAGGAUCGUCAACCAAAUCAAUUGCGCCUGGGAACUCGAGCAACUGCUGCAGAAGAACGCAUCCCGGAUCGGACCUCGUAAUCGCGUAAAGCGCAGUCUUAGUGUAUCUGAGCGCAUGGUUGAGUCUGCGACAACGGCUCGGGACACUGUAACUGGCUGGUUGUGGGACCUGGUGCGAGGAUAUGUUCUUCCCGUGAUCAAGAAGAUGUUUAUCGCCACUAUCAUUUUCUACAGGUUCGCGGCAGAAUUCAUGCUACGCCUGCUAGAGUGGAAGCCGCGGCCGCGGUACAAGGCGUUGAAGGAUGUGUCUGCCACGGCACAGCAAGUGGAGAUCCGGUUACAGCAGUUCUGCUAUUGGCCGAUGCAGUAUCUGACUCUGCGACGGCGGAAGAACGACUGGGAGAGUGUGACGGGGAGCCACCUCGACUAUAUUCGGUUUUACAACAGCUUGUGGCUCGUGGCCAACGACGUUAUCAUCGGCAUCGCCUUGGGCUCAUACAUCAUUGAGAAUGCCGAGUGGGUUGCGGAGGAGAUCAGCAGCUUACUGGGGACCUAUACUGUGGACGCGCUGCAGACUAGCAUAUCUUGGCUGAUGGGCUGGCCUGCUGGGUUGAAGCUCAACAGCGAGCUCGCGGCGUUCCUUGGCGACCUUUUCCUGUGGGUCAUUGCGUAUUGGGCAGGCUGCUUGGAGGCGCUGCGGCCUGGAUUGCCCUAUAUAAUCUGGUUUGUUGGGUACUCGAGUUUUGCAGGAGCCAGUUUACCGAUCGCCUUGUUCUCCGACCUGCUCUCCCUCUUAUCAGUACAUAUCAACUCAUUCUAUUUGGCCUCUGCUCGAAUCUACAACUGGCAACUCACCAUCCUCAUCUCAUUGUCUUACCUUUUCCGCGGCAAGAAACACAACGUCCUGCGGAAUCGUAUCGACUCUUGCGAUUACGGACUUGACCAGCUGCUUGUUGGUACUAUCUUGUUCACCGUCUUGUCGUUUCUGCUGCCUACGGUGGUGGUCUUUUAUCUGAAUUUUGCCAUUUGGCGAAUGGUAAUCAUAUCCAUCAAGGCCGUUUCUGAUAUGUUGCUUUCAUGCUUGAAUCACUUUCCGUUGUUCGCCAUCAUGCUACGGUUGAAAGAUUCAAGGAGAUUACCAGGCGGUAUUUAUUUCACACUGCGACGUGAUCCACCCGCCACCGGAGCUGUUCCUGGGAAAACGUCCAGCAUAGAACUUCACUCCCUCCCCUUGUCCUAUGGUGCGAUAUUCCAUCAAUAUUUCCAGAUGGGCGAUCGGCUGCGCAAGCACUACCUUUCCCUAGAGGUGCUCAUCUGCCUGUUGACGGGCAAGUUUGUACCACCCAUGAACCGCAAGAUCCUCUAUAGCCUGCAGUACAGUAUGCUGCCAGCAAAGAGACCAGGUAUCAUGGAGACAUGGGAAGCUCUCGGCGCCGGGUCGAGGUCGGAAUCAACGUGGGAAACGCGCCGACAACCAUGGCUUAACCAAGUGGGCACAGCGGGGAAGCUGUCAAGGAGGGCUCGCGGUGGCAGGUAA